ACUAAGCGAGAAACGGAACGAAUCAUACUCGGACACAAUGAACUUUAUAAGAACAAAACUAAGUUUUGCAUUUCUGAGGAGUGCAAUUCUCUGCCUAAGGUUCAAAAAUCUUUAAAAUAAAUCCAACAUAGACAAUUCUAUCUGUGCUAUAAACGAGGAGGGUAGAUUUUAUUUGACAAUUCUCUUGAUGCAAUAAUAUCGACUUGAUUUAUUCAUAAAGUUUUGCCGAUGUAUUUAUGUAGCGUUGGUGCGACCCUAUCCAAUUUGUGCACGUACCGUCGCAUGACGGAAGGGCCCAUUUUAAUUGACGCUUUUUUUAAAAAUUACAAAUGUAAGAAUUAUUUGUUUUAACCAUUCAGGUUUUCAUUUUCUAAAAUAAUUCUUGAAAAGUGACUCAAGCAGGGAGCAUAAUCAAACAAGUUAAAGCGACGUUUUCUUACGUUGAUUUAGAAAUCAUUUAUCCAAGAUAUCAUGUCAAUUGUACGUUGUGCAGUGAAGAGUUUAACCAGCUCAGUUGAAAAACAGUGCUGGGCUCUCAAAAGCACUGCAGGCCUUAAUAUUCUACCAUUUGACAUGACUGUAGAAAGUAUCCACAAGAUGAAUUGGUCUCAAAUGGAAAAGUGCGCAAUUGAUACCGUGCAAUUUGAAGAUGUUAGCCUGCUUCCUCUCUUUGAUAGACGGCCGGAUAAAAUUCUGGGAAUUGGGUUAAACUAUCGAGAUCAUUUAGAAGAGCAGAGGGUUCCUUUAGAAAAAUAUCCGCAAGAACCCGUUGUGUUUAAUAAGUUUGCUUCAACAGUGAUUUGUCAUGGAGAAACAAUCAAGCAUCCCACCGUGACCAACUCACUUGACUAUGAACUUGAGUUAGCUGUAAUAAUGGGAGCUGGUGGUCGCCAUAUCAAAGAAGCCAAAGCAAUUGAGCAUGUUUUUGGAUACACUAUUGCAAAUGACAUUACAGCGCGUGACUGGCAGAAAACCAGAAAUAACAAGCAGUGGAUUUUGGGGAAGAGCAUGGAUACUUUCUGUCCAUUAGGCCCUGCAAUUGUGAGCAAAGAAGUGAUAGCUGAGCCGCACAAUUUGGACAUCAGCUGCUCAGUUAAUGGGGAAGUGAGGCAAAGCAGCAAUACGAAAAUGCUUCUCUUCAAAAUCCCCCAGUUGAUAUCCUACAUCUCGAGUCUGAUCACACUUCUCCCUGGUGAUGUCAUACUAACUGGGACCCCGGGAGGAGUUGGGGCGUUCAGGGACCCCCCGCAGUUCCUUCAACCAGGGGAUACAGUUAAAUGUACAAUUGAACAUAUCGGAGAACUUGAAAACACAGUUGAGAUGGAAACUUGAUUGGACUAUUUCAUAUUGUAUUAAAGUUUAUUCUUAUAUUCUAGUCCAGAAAACUUGAAGCAGUUGAAAUUUUGAUUUAAAAUAGGUUCUCAAUACAUGUUGACUAAUU